CACGCUUUACAACCUGCAGAGGGACGUUUUCACCCGCACUGGCUUUUCUACAAACUUCCACUCAACUAUAGUUUUAUUGUAACAGCAAUAAAUCACUUGUGAUUUAAAAAAAAAAAAAAAACGAUUAGUUAAACGGGCCCCUUAGAGCUGUUGCGUCUAUGUUUUCUCCUUCUGAGCCCCUCUGAUCUUCCUGGAAACACCUGCGUGUUCAGGUGACUCACCGAUGAAGAGGGAAGUCCUUGGGCUCUGAGCGGUGACAAGUUUCUCCUGCAGGUAUGUGUUCCAGUCGGGGUUUGUGUGGUGCCAACAACCGCCCCAGCAGAUCAUCAUCAGAGUCCGGCGGCUCCGGUGCCCACUAUGCUCUGUGUGCUCUGGGAGUGGGUCUCAUCGCCCUGGGCAUUGUUAUGAUUGUGUGGACUGUGAUACCCAUGGAUGGAGAGGCCUCAAGCACCUCUACUGAUUCGUCAGGUAACUCCAGUACAGUGCCUGGGACAGACAACCAUAAUAACGACGACAAUGACACAGACCACACAAAGUCCUCGUCAGUUGCGAUGGUGCUGGUUGGAGUUGGGGCGGCCAUGUUGCUUUUGUCCAUUUGUCUCGGUGUGAGGAGCAAAAGGAGAGCUCACAACAGAAGCAGCCAGCCAGCGGCGGCAGCAGGUGGCCUUAUGGACAAUGCGACAGGAGAGCAGGAUUCGUCAACUGUAGACCCAAUUUCAUACAACGUGCCGAGCUACGAGGAGGUUAUCGGCAGCGGCGACUACCCCGUCCGUCAGAGCAACCUCCGCCAGAGCAUCUCGCAGCUGCCGUCCUACGAGGACAUCCUAGCUGCUGUGGAAAAUGAAGGAACAGAGCCCGCCAACAACUCCACCGAGGACACUCCUCUUAAUGAAUCCCCUGCACAACCAGCCCCUGAGCCUCAACCUGAACCGGCCGCUGCCCUCGCACCAAACCCCAGCCUGCCCGCCCGCAGCAGCAGCCGGGCCAGCCGUUUACUGCGGCCCCUCCGGGUGAGGAGGAUCAAGUCGGACAAACUGCACCUGAAGGACUUUCGCCUCCAAAUCCGCAGCCCGACACAGAACCCAGUGACCAUCGAACCCAUCACUCCUCCUCCGCAGUACGAUAAUAAGAUGCCCGAAUUACAGUAAUGCCUCCCUUCUUGCCCAUUUCCGAUAAAGUAAAUAAAAAUAUCUGUCAGUAAGUAGGUAAAUGUUGCAGUGUUGAUGGAAGCUGUGCAGACAUAUACCUGCUAUGUGAAUAUUACAAGUGAAAGUCUUGUUCUUUAUCACUGAAGUUUGUGAUGGGCAUAUUUAUUCUGUUAUAAUACACUAUAAGGUCUUUCAGCUUUCAGAGAAGAGAUUUUUUUUUUACACAUUCUGCUGUAAUUUAUGUCAGACAUCGGACAGUCUUUCAGUUUUAUUUAAUAUCCAUUUGUAAUAAGUUUUCCUCCUUGUUACUGCAUUUUCAUUGUGAUUACUUGUGAAAUGCGGAAAAUUUGUUGUGAUUUAAAGGGAGCAAUGGGACGCUAAUCAUCUGGGAGAUUUUUAAUUUGUAUUAAAUAUCAUAAAUAUCAGAUGUACAACGUUUUGUAAUUUGUAACUCUGACAAAAAAUGCAUUGAGGCCAAAUAUAUGUGACUAAUUACCGUUUGUUUGUGGAUUUUGUACAUGUUUUUUUAAACUUCUUGUUCUAAAGACUGGUUCAUGUAAGUUUCUUCACACAGAUAUAUAGAAGAAAAGGAUUUUUUUCAGACAGUAUAACCAUAAGUAAACUGCUGGACAUUCUGGUGAUGUGAUGUUAGUAAUUAAACAUACAUUGGUUCAUAGAACUUUUAUAAGUGUUGAAAUGUUUGAAUCUACUUGUAAAAAAUGAGGCAAUAAAUGUUUUUCUAUUUCAUUUAAGAUCAUGUCAAGAUUUCAUAUUUUUCUAUGUAAAAACCACUAAAAUCAAAUGGUUCUACUAAAUACAAAUUGUAUCAUGUUAAUGAAAGUAUGUAAAUAAUUCUUCCAUUUUCUGAUAAUUUAGUCUAAUUUGCAUGCUGUAACUUAGAGCUGUAUUUAUUUUAAAAAAAGACAAAUACUGUUGUUUUACUUUUGGUUAAUAAAAUGUAGCUGUUGAUGUUUGCUCUGUUCUCUCUGCUCUGUUGCCAUGACAAACUUUCUCAAGCUGAUUUAGUAUUUUUUGCAUCAAUUUCCACGAGUUUCAAGUUUCAUUGGUUAAUAUUUAGCACCCUCCAGUGGUUAAAAUUGAUAAAUGACAAAGCCAGUGGAAAGCUCCCUGUCAUCUUUUCACUAAUGCUGCAUCUUUGUUAGUUUAAUUGCUAAGAAUAUACAGAAUAAAGACUGAAAAUAUGUUGUAUAAGGGUAAAAAUAAGUACUGAUAAGAGUAAAGGUAGUAAACUGACUCACCUCGUUAUGAAAUUCAUCUCACUGUGUUACACAGGCUUUCAGUGGUGGGCCAAUUUUUCAGUAAAAUAAAGUCAUCCAUUGUGCAUGUUAUUUAAGCAAUUAGGUGGAAACUCUAUUGAAAAAAUGUACAUGUCAUGUUCAAAGUAAAUGUUGUCAAAGGAGAAACAUUGGUCCAUGUGACGAGCAUUAUUAUUAGAUUUAUGCUGUAUUUUGCUAAAAGCAUUUUAUUUAGGCGGAGCUAAUGUUGAAUUAAUUUGUGUUGGACUGCAAUGGAUGAUUAUUUUUAUUAUGGAUUCAUCUGAUCACAUUUAUGUCGAGUCCAAAGUGCAUCUUCAAUUCUGGCUUUUUAAACAAAUCAUCCAACCGUUCAACAUUAUCUGAAAAAAAAAAUCCUUACAUUUGAGAAGUAGAGACACUGAAAUAUAUCGUAUUUUUGCAUGAAAAAUGGAUCAUAUUUGUCACAGUAGUUGCUGAAAAGUUAAUGAUGGCGUCCCCUGCCCCCCGAUAAUAAUGAUAAAGACUGUAGAUCAACGUUUUUGAGCACCUCAUGGAAAAUUGGGGUAAUUUUUUUAAUAAACUUGACUGUUGUAAAACACAAAAAGAAGCAAAUUUAAAAGUUUAACUGAGUAAUACUAGAAAUAAAUAUUGCAUCUACAUGAAAGACACCUUCCUACAAACUACUAGUCUACAAUUUAGCAAAGUAUAUUUUCAGAUUUAGCCUUUUAUUUAUGCAGUAGUAUAACGUAACAUAACUACUGAAUACAAUUAACCAUCUUGGUUUUAAUCUCAGCUAAAUAAAACAAACUUUAACCUUUACUAUUCACAAAUACAUGUUUAUCUCUGACUAUUUAGUUAUUCAUUUAUUGCAAUACUUUGAAAGUUCUCAUUGAUGAAGGAAGAACUGGGUACAUUUACUCGCUCAAACAUAACAAAAUAAUCGACUCUAAUGAUCAAACAAUGCAGAAAAACUGGUCCCUGUGAUCAUCAUAGUAUUAUAUUACCUAUUAUACUAAUAUAUCACAAUUAUAUUAGAAUUAUUAUGUUUAUUGGCUGUUUUUAUGGUUAAGUAGUGCAAUCUCUAUCAUUGCACUGUAUUUUAUGAACUAAUCAGAUAUUUUCUUUUUAUAUUUUCUAGACAUGGAUUAAUUAUAAGUGGCUUUAAUGUUUACCUUGGUAAUAAAAUGC